GGAACUGACUGCUUGGCCUGGAAGAUGACUAUCUAAAUUCUUUUGUUUUUUUAAUUAACACCUUCUACUAGGUACUUCUUCUCUUUGCUAUCUUGCUCAGCUCAUGCGCUCUUAUGACGACGCACCUAAGGGUUGACCGCAAAAUGAGAACCAUAUUUAUUGAGUUCAAGGAAGCUCAGCAUACAGGCAUUGGUUCUGCGUUGGCAGCUACAAUUACUCCAGUUGCCCCUCCAAGUGACCCAGAUAGACUGCGGAAUUUCUAUUAUUUCACAAACUUUGCCAAAGUUCAGUCAGAUAUCCGAUAUGCUCUCCUCCAAGACCGAUCAACCGGGGUCAAACUCUCGAAGCAGGAGGGCAAUGCGUGGGUAGAAGUUUUCGUGGCAUACUGGAAAGCAGUGGCAGAAAUAGUCGAAAUCGAAGAGUCGCCUCAAACGGGGAAUUGGACCAAAGUCUUUAACGCUUGGAAGCAAGUUGCCAAUCUUCUCAUCCGCGGGUACACCAACGGAGGGUUCCAGGCGUGGACGUUGCCUUGUAUAUAUGUCGUCGGGAGAUAUCUUCGAAUAUUCGCGAUGGAAGCGGAUGCCAGCACUUCCCAGGAUUCGGAUACCUUUAAUAAUGGCUUCCAAGAUGACGUUAUAUCCGACUCCAGUAAGCAUGCCAAGUUAGAGGAUUCGUCUCAAAUAAUUAACCGGAUGUUCACGCUAUGUCUUCAUGACAGGGCACCAAUUGAAGAGUCUCGUAAAUGGGGCGUAUAUAAUACCGUGAAUCUAUCUUUCAAAACGUAUUUUAAGCUCGGGGCCGUAUCAUCUUGUAAAAGCCUGCUGCGCGCUAUAGAUGCAUCACACGCGGAUUUACCGCCAUUUUCAGCUUUCCCCAAAUCGCACAUCGUCACUUUCAAAUAUUAUCUCGGGGUGAUAUGUUUCCUUGAAGAGAACUACGCAGAGGCCGAAGAGCAUUUGAGCUACGCUUGGAAAAUGUGCCAUCCCCUGGCGAAGAAAAAUAAAGAAUUAAUCCUUACGUAUCUUAUUCCCUGUCACAUCGUAACGACCCACACACUACCGACACUUCGGCUUCUUGCCCCCUAUCCACUUCUCGAGAAGUUAUUCAGUCCCUUAUGCAAGUGCAUCAAGAAAGGCGACCUCACAGGCUUUGACGCCGCAAUGGCGGCUGGCGAGAACGAAUUUGUCAAGAAGCGUAUAUAUCUUCCUCUCGAAAGAGGCCGAGACAUCGCACUCCGCAAUCUCUUCCGGAAAGUGUUCUUGGCUGGAGGAUAUGAUCCACCGGUGAACGGGCAACCACCCAUCAGGCGGACGAGAAUCCCUGUUGCGGAAUUCGCUGCUGCAAUUAGAUUAGGCAACAAGGUGGAUGAAAGGGUUUCGCUAGAUAUGGAUGAAGUUGAAUGUUUUCUGGCAAAUCUCAUCUAUAAGAACUUGAUGAAAGGGUACAUUUCCAGAGAAAGAGCCAUUGUGGUACUAAGUAAAGGGGGCACCGCGUUCCCCGGAACUGGGGUCUGAUGUGCGCCACAACUCCGCGAUUCUGUAUUCUCAUCAUAUACCGUCCAGCAAUGUACCCGAAAUCAGCAUGUUUUAGUUGAGGGAGUGGUUUUGAUAUAAACUCGUCUAUAUUUAUCUCACGACUAACUAACCAGAGGAUCCAAAUCUCCAGCGACUUCACUUCUGAAUACUCUUUCCAGCGUGGCUGCUCGUUGGUGACCUCAUAUCAUUCCCGCACCUCCUCCGGAUACAUGCGAAUCAUUUUCGUGCAGUUGGCAUUAAAUUGCUGUUCGGGGCGUUUACAUGCGCCUUGAUUUUCAGUUUCCAGAGAUGCAGCGUGCAGCGUUCUCCCAAAAAUACCAAUAGAUAUAUACCUACUCCGCACUCAAAAAGUGAAUCCUACUCUGAUACUACUGUGAACACACUCGUCUGCCUGUCCACCCAUCUCACACCAGUCGAAUACCUGCGGCCAAAGCAAUCCUCGCCAAUGAUACCAUCCCAGAUGAAAUAAGAAUCAGUCACACCAACCAAAAACCACAUCCCAUAUCCCCACCUACCUCGGCAGUUUUCGGAAGCCUUGUAUCACGAACAGGGACAAUGGCAGAGGGGAAACCACAAAUAUUUUUUCUAAUAAGCUGGCUAUUCUCAGGAAGACUUUGCACUCAGCGUGGUGGAGCUGAGGUGAGAUAAGCGGGAAGAGUCAUAGAUGGACGCGGGGAGCGCCAUUUUCAAUUUUGUCGGGCUUUAGGGGGGAGGGGAUACGGCCAAAAAGAAACAUUCUUCAUACAAGUGCGAUAUGCCUUGUGUCUCUGUCGCUGGAAUGGCACGAUAACAACGCUACAUUGACAUGUACUCAUACGUACCUCCGCCCACAAUGCAUGGAUCCUUGUGGACAGGGCGAGAAUAUGGAUUUGAAUAUGAGUCACCACGCUCACACCCACGCGGUAGACCGUGGCAGCAACGUACUAGUACU